AUGGUCUACGCAAGCCCUCACCCUCAGGGUUGGGUGCAGCUUUGGAGAGACUUAUGUGGCAUUGCAGACCAGACGGAAGGUCCUUGGAUGGUUAUGAGGGAUUUUAAUGCUGUUCUUUAUUCUCAUGAAAGAGUAGGGGGAGUUGGUACUUCUUGCAUACGAGGAGAUAAUGCAUUUCGCGACUGGGUCAACCAAUGCAAUCUGGUAGACUUGGGAUUUAUUGGUGCUCCUUUCACAUGGUGUCGAGGUAGACUAUUUGAACGACUUGAUAGAGCUUUGGCAUCCUAUGAUUGGCGUCUUUUAUUCCCUAAGGCAACUCUCUCUCAUCUAAAUCCGCUGAAAUUAGAUCAUUCCCCCAUUCUGCUGAAGCUGAAUCCCGAUAGGUCUGAACGUCCCACUAGAAGACCCUUUCGCUUUGAAGCUGCCUGGCUUACCCAUGAUGGAUUUUUUGAUAUCAUGCGACGAGAAUGGAAUGUCCACCAAGCUUGGAAUCAAUGA